AAACUAAAGAUACAAUGGACCCUUUUGUUAAUGUAAUUAUUAUAUUAUGUGUCUGUGUUCUUUUCGUGUUGAUUAUCAUAUGCUGCGUCUCCCAAAGGAAGAAAGAGCCCUUGUCUCAGCCGCGAGAUUUGGAAAAGGGUGUAGCGAGAACAAGAGAUGGAGGACUUGUUGUUUUGACAGGAAAUGUUACUACAACAGCUGUCGUAGCUGCGGCUGCAACCACCGUAGAUCCUGGCGGUGGUGGCGGCGAUUAUGGUUCUUGUUGUGGAGGCGUUGGUGAUGCUGAUGGUGGAGGAGAUGGCGGUGGUUGUGGAGGUUGCGGCGGCGGCUGUGGAGAUUAAGGGUUUCGUAUAUAUAUUGCGGGUUUUGAUAUUUAUCUAUGCGCAUGUAUAUAUUAUAUAUGAUGUAAGAUUUAAACUCUCGUGAGGAUGGAAAUCAAAUUGUAUCAUAAAAAGAUGAAAAAUGAU